GCUUGGCUACUCCAGUGCUGUACUGAUUAAGCUAAGCUUUCCUUCAGUGGGGAAGUAGCCUGCUUUCCAAGCUGCAGAGCAGUGCGCAUGAGCAGAUGGAGUAGAUAUGACCAGUGCCCACUAGGCAACAGCUAAAACCGAUGAUGAAUGUGCUGUGGCAGAAUUGGUUUCACUGACAAACAUGAAAUGACUUAAAAUCAACUCUAUAAGUGAGCUCACGGACAAAUGCAUCGACUGCCUUUCUAUUUUAAACUACCAGGGUGCAGCGUGACAACACCAGUGGCCAAUGCCAGGUGCCACAGAGGAAAUGAACAGAACAGAAUCGUGAAAAACCAACCUUUGAUGGAAAUCAUGUGGCACCUGAUAGCCUAUUGGACCUCUCCAACCAUCCUGCUAGUUUUACUUCCAUUCCUAAGGCCACCUGGGUCACAUGCUUUAGUCAGCUACAAGCCCAAUAUUGUACUGAUACUGGCCGAUGAUCUUGGUAUUGGAGAUGUAGCCUGCUAUGGAAAUGAUACGAUAAGGACCCCUAAUAUUGACCGGCUGGCAAAGGAAGGGGUGAAACUUACUCAGCACAUUGCUGCAGCUCCACUCUGUACACCAAGCAGAGCAGCUUUCCUGACUGGCAGAUACCCCAUCCGAUCAGGCAUGGAUGCCACUAACAGUUAUCGGGUUAUUCAGUGGGCUGGAGCCUCAGGCGGACUUCCUCCACAUGAAACAACCUUUGCCAAGAUACUACAGCAGCAAGGCUACAUUACGGGACUAAUAGGGAAGUGGCAUCAAGGUGUGAACUGUGAAUCCCGCGACGACUACUGUCAUCACCCUUUAAAUCAUGGGUUUAGUUAUUUUUACGGCAUGCCAUUUAGCCUAAUGAAUGACUGUCAGAUAACACAACCUCCCGAGAAAGACAGAGUCUUGAGAAUCAAAUUGUGGCUCAACACUCAGAUAAUUGGCCUGGCAGUACUUACACUUGCAAUAGCAAAGCUUGUUGGCUUGGUCUCAGUCCCCUGGAAAAUAAUCAUCUGUUUUGCUUGGUUUGGCAUUUUGUUCUUUGCAUCCUGGUUUGCAAGUUAUGGAUUCAUAAGAUAUUGGGAUUGCUUUAUGAUGAGAAACCAUGAAAUUACUGAACAGCCAAUGGUGGUAGAAAGAACUACAUCCCUUAUAUUGAGGGAGGCAAUUUCUUUUAUUGAAAGAAACAAGCAUGGGCCGUUCCUCCUCUUUGUUUCCUUUCUACAUGUCCACACACCACUCAUCACCACAGAGAUAUUUCUUGGGAAGAGCAGGCAUGGCUUAUAUGGAGAUAAUGUAGAGGAGAUGGACUGGAUGGUGGGCAAAGUCCUGAAUGCUAUUGAUAAGGAAGGUUUGAAAAAUACCACACUCACAUACUUUGCCUCUGACCAUGGUGGGUUCUUGGAAGGUCAUGAUGGAAAAGUCCAAUUAGGUGGCUGGAAUGGAAUAUACAAAGGUGGAAAAGGCAUGGGAGGCUGGGAAGGAGGGAUCCGUGUGCCAGGGAUAUUUAGAUGGCCAGGAGUGUUGCCUGCAGACACAGUUAUCGAUGAACCUACAAGUCUUAUGGACAUUUACCCUACAGUGGCUCACCUGGCUGGAGGGACAGUGCCCCAGGACAGGGUGAUUGAUGGCCGGAACCUGAUGCCUUUACUGGAAGGGUCCGUUCAGCACUCGGAGCAUGAGUUCCUAUUUCACUACUGUGGUGUGCAUUUACAUGCAGUACGGUGGCACCAAAAGGACAGUGGGGCACUGUGGAAGGCUCAUUAUGUGACCCCAAUAUUCCAUCCAGAAGGUGCUGGCGCAUGUUAUGGAAGAGGAAUUUGUCCAUGUUCUGGGGACGGUGUAACCCAUCACGACCCUCCUUUGCUCUUUGACCUCUCCAGAGACCCAUCUGAGGCCAAACCUCUCUCACCUGGCACUGAGCCCCUGUUUGACACAGUAAUAAGCAGAAUUGAAAGAGCGGUGGAGGAGCAUCGCCAGACCCUGACUCCCGUCCCACAGCAACUCUCCUUGUACAACAUUAUGUGGAAGCCUUGGCUGCAGCCGUGCUGUGGGACAUUCCCAUUUUGCUGGUGUGACAAGGAAGGUGACAGUGCACACCCUGCUCUGUAAAGCAGAUUCAAAAUCUAUCAAGGGUUAAUUGGGUGAAAGUCUUUAAAAUCAAGUGAAUUUUUAGCAAUUUUUUGUUAAUUCAGGAUUAUGCAGUUGGUUUGAUAUCUGAAAUAGGGUUUAGAGAAGCCCAUUUCAUGAAACUAGAUACCAGUCCAGAUGGACCAAACUAAUAUGUUCCAGUAUGGCAAGUCUUACAAGCAUCUGUGCACAGCUGCAGAUAUAGUUCUGAUACAUUGCAGCAUGCCAAAAUUAAAGUUGCUAUAGGGGGCCGUAAUUUUGAAUCUCUUGACAUUUAUGGAUAAAGAUUCACGAGCCCAGCACCAUUUGAUUGCUGAAUUUCUAUGCAGUGAUGUACAGGCUGAACCUCUCCAAUCCAGGAUUGCAUCUUCCGGCAACAUCCAUGCACUGGCAUUGGUGUGCCUCUGUGGAUGCUUCAAGUCAGAAAUGGAGCACUCACAGGGAAAAAACAGAGCCAAGUUCUCCCCUUCCCCACAACAUGUAGGUGGUCCCAUGCUUAGCAACUCCUCUCCCACCCUCCCCAAGCUUCUGGCAUGCCACAAAUGAUUGGCGUUCAAGUUCAGGGAGGGAGGAGUGGAGACAGGGUGCACUUGGGAGAGGAGGUUUAGGCAGAGCAGGGCUGAUGGCUUGGAGCUUGUGUGGGAAGGGCUGGUGGUGGGACUCAAGAGGCAGCAGGGCCCCUGGGCAUGGGGCCAUGUUGGGUGUAAAGCCUGGGGGUGCUGCAGCACCCCCACUUCCUGCUGUCAUGGAGACCCACUGGCACUCUGCUUUGACAUUCCCUGCUUUGGAAACUUCUCUAGUUUGGCACAGGACCAGUCCUGAGGAUGCCAGAUUAGAGAGUUUCAACUUGUACCACAAGAGGGAAGGAAGCUCCCUUUUCAGGAGGUGCCAGAGCAAUUGGUGGCAUAUCUGGAGCUGCCUGCGUGAGCAAUAAUCAGCCCCAGAUUCAACCUUAAUGGAGGCUGAAAGUUUUUGCACGGCCAAUCUUAGAACUGCAAGAGAAGUCUGUGAGAGUUACUCUUGC